UAAAAAUACUAUACAAAACAGUAUAGUGUAUAUACAUGUAGUGAAAAUAUAUAUAUUUAUACAAUUCUUUAUCUAAGAUCAUUCAACCUGUAUUGAACUUAAUUGCCGCAAUAUCUGGGCACGAAGAAACGACGAUUAUGAAGACGGAUUGUGCUAGGAAACAUAAAACCGACAAUGACCACUAGUAUUGUAGGAAGCCUAAUUGAUUUCCAAGUCGAGGAGUUGCCAAAAUGGCGGAAAAAUAGCACACAAGUGCCUUCUAUGGGAGAAAUGCUUAAAGAAAUUGUGAAAUUCCAAGUUAAAUGGAAAGAGUGCAAAGACUCUUUCGAUUAUGGCAGGGUUCGGAAGGCGUAUCGCCAAUGUCUGUUACAUUUCAUAUACCAUAUUAACGUUGGGGAAGGACAUGGUUGUACCACAAUGGAGGCAAUUGAAUCCUGUCUUGACAUGUUGGAUGUCACCUUAACAAGUUCGCAGUUGAUGCGGCCUGAGUCUGAGCAGGAAAGAAAAACAUUAAACAUUAUACAGGGUUAUAAGUUCCUUCUGAAUAUGGUGGAAAAACCUCAUUUUAGUGCCGAAAUAGAAGAGUUGCAUGGCCUACUGUCUGUCAGUCUGAUACAGGAUGCACACAAGCUGAUCCUAAAAGACUUGCCAUUACCCAAGAAUUACACAAAGCCAGGCGUUUUCAGUGAAAGAGAACGGUGUGUGGAGUAUCAUGGAGAAUGGUACAGCUAUCAGAACCCGCAAAAUAUGGAGGAAAGCGUGCAGACAUUGCUAGAUAGAUACAAUGAUUUGAUGACACAUUGUGUAAAAGAAGAGAAGAAUUCAGAGCUUCGUGUUUCUAACAUGUUUAAGACUUGUAGCUGGUUGUUGUUUGAGCUUUUGGACUUGCAUCCCUUCUCAGAUGGCAAUGGUAGGUUAUGCAGAUUACUUUGUAGCUAUGCCCUGUCAUCCAUGACACCGUUUCCAACACCGAUGUACAACGUUUGGAGUGAAUCAAGUAAAGAUGAUUAUUUAGAAGCGCUUGUAGCUGCAAGAAAGUCUGAAACACGACACCCUACAAGUGUGGCUGCCAUGAUGAUUGAAUGCAAUUAUUUUGGAUGGAAGAAAUUUUUUGAUAUUCUGGAAGGUGCAGUUGACAUAGAUUGCAAGGUUAAGGAUGUAGAUUAAAGGACUAGAUAAUAGAGUAGUCAACAGCAGGUUAUUUUUAAAAAAUAAAGUUUAUGUUUUUUGUAACAGGACAUCAGCAAUGUACAUAGUUUUUG